AUGUUUUGCCGCCGCAUGUCACUGAUCCCCUUGGGAGCCGCAUCCGGGGUGCUGUCUCUCUCCGCCCGCCUGCAGACAACUAUCCCGCAGAACCAAGCGCCUCAGUGGGGAAGCGCACACGUCAACCGCCUCACGUUCGUAGACGAGGUGCAGCAAGCCCCGGUGCGAGUGGUGGAGGAGUGCAGCACGGACCGACCACACUGGUCGAUCUCGGACGUGGAGAGAGUGAAGGUCACACACAAGCCGACGGAUGGCUUCGUCGACCGCCUCGCAUACUUGGCGGUGCGGGCCUGCCGCUGGUCUUUCGACACCUUCUCGCUGUACCGAUUCGGUCCCAUGACAGAGCAGAAGGUUAUCACGCGCUGCCUAUUCCUCGAGACGGUGGCCGGCGUGCCGGGGAUGGUGGCGGGGAUGCUGCGCCACAUGAACUCGCUGCGCCGCAUGCGCCGCGAUAACGGCUGGNCCGGCGUGCCGGGGAUGGUGGCGGGGAUGCUGCGCCACAUGAACUCGCUGCGCCGCAUGCGCCGCGAUAACGGCUGGAUCACCACGCUGCUCAACGAGGCGGAGAACGAGCGGAUGCACCUCAUGACGUUCAUUGAGAUACGCCAGCCGGGUUACCUCUUCCGCUUUGCCAUCCUCGCUGCGCAGGGGAUCAUGUUCAACUUUCUCCUUUGCGCGUACAUAAUCUCGCCGCGCUUCGUGCAUCGCUUUGUCGGUUACCUCGAAGAGGAGGCGGUCAUCACGUACUCCAGCAUCAUACGCGCGCUCGACGAGGGGAAGCUGAAGGACCUCCGCACCGCCGUGCCGGAGGUGGCGAAGGCGUACUGGGGCCUGAGCAACGACGCCACGUUCCGCGAGCUUAUCAAUGUCAUUCGCGCCGACGAAGCUGAGCACCGUGUGGUGAAUCACACAUUCGCCGACAUGCACCAGCGCCGCCUGCAGCACAGCGUGAACCCAUUCGUGGCACACAAGUCGCGCUCCGCGGCUGCCGCUGACGUUGGCACGUCCAACACUUCUGCUACUGCUGCUGCUGCUGCCCCUACCAACACCUCAAACACUGCUGUGAAAAAGUAG